AAACAAAGAAUGACCAUAGCAUACAAUCACAGAAUCAGUAAAGCUUCGCCAUUAAACUUCUUCCGGGUGAUGCUACGCUGGAAAGCAAGUAUUUGGAAGGCGGUGUUAUUCGAAGUGGUUCUUUGGACAUUGUCCUAUCAGAUAAUCGCUUAUAUUUAUCGCUUUUCACCUGAUUAUUUCCAGCGGUGA